GUACAGCUAGAGGUUAGGUUGGGCUAAACUGACUGCUGAAUCUGUUAAAGUAUCAUUCGACCUAACCUCACCCUAGCAAUCCUAAUCGCAUUACGUGUCCUGCUUGCAGUGUACCCGUUGAUUUACUGUAAAUUAUUACAAAUGAGUGACGAACGAUUACUGGCCGAGGCCAUUCGAUCUUUGAAAACCCCGGCUAUCGCAGGCUUCGGCAAUCCGUUGUUGGACAUAUUUGUAACAUUGAACAGCGAUGAUAUGUUGAAUAAAUAUAGCCUAAAAGUCGACGGAGAGGAAGAACUACCCGCAGACAAAAUACAACAACUUAUCAAUGAACUUCCUUCAGAAUCAGAGCAAAAUAUCAGUCCUGGAGGCUGUGCCCAGAAUACAAUCAGAGUUAUUCAAUGGUUGUGUGGUGGACAGAGUGGACCGCAACUGGGAUUGUUCUGUGGAGGACUUGGAAAUGAUUCUCGGGGGAAAAUACUCCAAGACAUGGUUCGAGCAAUAGGAAUUGAUGCUCGCUAUGCAAUUCACCCUGAUCUACCAACUGGUGUUUGCGUAUCAAUGGUAAAGAGACCAUGGCGGAGCCUCGUAGCAAAUUUAGGUGCUGCUAGUGUGUAUACUUUGGAUAAUCUGGCGCAGCAUGAUUUGCCGUUAAAUUCACUGAAAAUAAUUUAUAUCGAAGGAUUCUUUAUAACGCAUAGUUUCGACGUUGCUUUGGAGUUGGUGAAAUUGGCUCGAGAUAAGGGUAUUACUGUAGCAUUCAAUAUCAGUGGCGAAUAUAUCUUCCAGGAGCAUCAAGUUUCCAUUUGUGAUAUGGUUGGUUUGUCCGGAAUUGUAUUUGGUAAUGCCAGAGAGAUGACAGCUUUGGCUCGCGUAUUAAAUCUCCAGUUCAACAAUGUUCAGGAGAUCCCAUUCCUUCUAAAUAAUUUGAAAAGGGUCACAGUUGGUGCAUCUAGUAAGAAUGAUGGCAACUGGUUGUCAGAUGAGGGUAUCAUUGUGAUGACUCAAGGUGGAAAAUCUCCUGCCAUCGUCGUUUGGGGAGAGGGUGAAUCUGCACAGAUAACGUUUCAGGUUCUACCCGAAAUUCCUGAAAACCCUGUACUGGAUACAACAGGUGCGGGUGACUCAUUGGUGGCUGGUUUUCUGCUCGGUGCUUUAGUUGGACGUAGUCCAAAGGCAUGCUUGAAAUUGGGCUGUAAAGUAGCAAGCAUGAUCGUUACUAGAGUUGGCGUAACCUUUCCAGAUUCAAUACCGGCCCAUUUACUACAAUAAAUAUACAAUACAAAAUUGGAAUCUCUUCAAAGCUAUUUCAACUUUCAUCUAACAAAAUAAAUAGACCUAGUUAAUUUAAAAAUUUUUGACUUCAUUUUUAAAUUAAUUGCCUGUGUGUCAGUCGGUAAUAAUUCCGUGGUACAUACCUCGUGCUCUACGGGGGUAUAUCACUUGGUGUUUUUCUUUUAUCAACGCAGUUAUGAGUUUAUCUCUCG